AUGUUCUCGCUGCCCCGCGGCUUCGAGCCCCCAGCUCCCGAGGACUUGGGGAAGCAGAGUUCGGCGGAGCUGCGGGAGAGGUUGAGGCGCCAGGAGAGACUUUUGCGCAACGAAAAAUUCAUUUGCAAAUUGCCCGACAAAGGUAAAAAGAUCUCAGACACCAUCGCCAAACUGAAAGCUGCCAUUGCAGAACACGAAGAGGUUAGAGCAAGAAGUGAACUGUUUCAUCCUGUUAGUGUAGACUGUAAGCUAAGGCAAAAAGCAGCCACAAGAGUCGAUACCGACGUAGACAAGGCCCAGAAUUCUGACCUGAUGCUUGAUACUUCAUCAUUAGUUCCUGACAAAUCAUUCAGAACAACCUCAGAAACACAAGGACCUGCACAUCUCACUCCCAGAGGCAACGAAGAGACUUUGGAGGCUGGCUGCACAGUGAACCCGGGUGCAGCUCCCGGCAGCAAAGCCAGGGCACCCUCAUCUGAAGUUAACGAACAUCUCCCCCAGCGCCCUGUUUCAAGUCAAGCGGAAGACAUUUCCAGCGGCAUUGACAGUCUGUUUCUCACUAAGUUGCAAAAGAUCACAAUUGCAGACCAGAGUGAGCCCUCAGAAGAAAACACCAGCACUGAGAACGUGCCAGGGCUCCAGAGAGAGACUCCUAAGAGGCCUCGUUACAUGGAAGUGCUAGAAAUGCGAGCCAAAAACCCAGUGCCCCCUCCUCAUAAGUUUAAGACCAAUGUAUUACCCACUCAACAGAGUGACUCACCAAGUCAUUGUCAGAGGGGUGAAUCUCCUUCUUCAGAAGAGCAGCGACGCAGGGCUAGGCAGCAUCUUGAUGACAUCACAGCAGCACGCCUCCUUCCGCUCCACCACCUACCUGCACAGCUGCUCUCCAUAGAAGAGUCACUGGCCCUGCAGAAAGAACAGAAGCAAAAUUACGAGGAGAUGCAGGCAAAGCUCGCAGCACAGAAACUAGCUGAGAGACUGAAUAUUAAAAUGCAGAGCUACAAUCCAGAAGGGGAGUCUUCAGGGAGAUACCGAGAAGUGAGGGAUGAAGAUGAUGCCCAGUCCUCGGAUGAAUUCUGAAGAUGAGCACCGGGCGAACUCUGAACCUGACUGUUGAGCCACCAUUGCCUCAUAGCAAACUUCCUAACAAGUAUCAAGAUCAGUGUCAGACCUUGUUGAGGGACAACAGUUUUUAAAGUUACACAAAGGUAGCUACAAAUAAGAACCCAGCUUGUCUUUCCGAAGAUGAUCUUCAUGUGCUUGAACAGUUUCAUAUUUGACAUUGUGUUUGACCGUAUUGUAUUACAGUUUUGCAGUAUGUUGUGCAUUGGUCUGAUACUUUAGUGUGAGUAGAGCACACUUUUCUUUAAGAUAGCUGCUUUCUCCUUAUUCUUACUCUUAUCAAAUAGCAU